AUGAACACUAGCAGGUAGAGCAAGUGGGACAGCGAGCCCAAGGAUGUCCCCAAAGUUAUGAGCAAUGGAUUGCCUCAUCCAGCCUCUUGGAUCCCUCCUUUCUCCAGAUGCUGGAAACAGAGGAGCCAGAGAUCCUGCUUCCUGGCCCUGGUUGUCCUGGUCGGCAUAAUCCUGUGGGCUCUCAUUUUGAGCAUCCUGUUGUCCAGUGGAAGAGGUCACGUAGCAUGUGUGCUCGUGACCUGUUGUUGGGGGUGCGGUGGGAUGGCGGGGGUCAUUCCAGCUAAGAGGCAGACAGGGGCACUGGAGACCUUGAAGGAGGAGGUCAGAGCCUGCAGCAGCUGCUGCUCUAGGACUCAAGUGCAGCUGCUGGCCACUCAGGAGAAGCGGGCUGAGCUGACCCAGCAGGAGAGCGCCCUGGAAGAACUGUGCCAACACAUGACCCAGGGCUUGGCUGGGGGUAGGAACCGCGAGAAUGUCCGCCAUGAGCUGUUCCGGGUGCUGGAAGCUGUCAAGCUCCAGUCCAGCUCCUGCAACUUAUGUCCUUCAUUGUGGCUGUCCUUUGAGGGCUCCUGCUAUUAUUUCUUGGUGUCUAAGGCUACGUGGACAGAGGCUCAGCGCCACUAUGCAAAUGCAGGCACACACCUGGCGAUUGUCAGGGGCAUAGAUGAGCAGAUUUUCCUGACUCAGAAUACACAUGGCCAAGGUUACUGGCUGGGCCUGAGGGCUGUAGGACACCAGAGCAAGAUUCAGGGAUACCGGUGGGUGGACGGAGUCCCACUCAGCUUCAGCCACUGGAAUCAUGGGGAGCCCAGUGACUCUUGGGGGCUUGAGGACUGUGUCAUGCUCCUGUAUGUGGGGAUGUGAAAUGAUGCACAGUGUGACAGGGACAAAGCUGGCUAGAUCUGUGAGACGAGGCAAAGCUGCUAA